AUGGAUUACAAUGCUCGUCAAGCAGCCUUGUUUGCGUGCAGCACGGCGGUAGGGGGUGGUCUGGGCAUCGUCAUCUCCAUGGUCGUUAACUUGGCGCUGAUCGAGAUCUCCAUCUCCCCUUUCUUUUCGAUGUACUUCGGCGUGCUCUUUAUCCUCGUUGGUUGCCUCAUCCUCUGGCGGGUUCUGUCUCACGAGUCGGAGAACCCGCUGCAGAUGAAGCGGCUCCACCUAAGCAUCUUUGCCGGCACGAUCAUCCUCAGUGGCGCGCUUUGCUUUCUGCUGGAUCGGAAAAUUUUCGUCGGUCUGGCCCCUUGGAUGAAGGUGCCUUUAUACAUGACGCUGGGGUUGGCAGUCGCCUUUGCGCUGACCUUCUCGAUCGUCGAUGUGCUGAAUUACAUUAUUGGCUUCUUUCAGAAUUCCGUGGCAAAGCCCGUGGUCGAGAGCUCGCAGCAGGUUUUCUUAGUCCUCAUCGUCUCCCUCGCGGCUCUUGGCUCUCUCCCGGUCUGGGCUGCAGGACUCACCGUUUAA